AUGAUCUUAUUCCAUGAACCGUCGCUCAGAACCGGCAUACAGGAUCUCAAAAAGGCAGGGCUCGUGCGUGCAGACCAGGUCUCCUUUCUCAUCCUCGUUGCGCUGGUCCUUGCGGUUGGUGCGAAGUACGCCACCAAGCAAGAUGCAGAAGAACGAUGUGCGGGCUUCGACCUGGACGGUCUCGGAACCAGGUUCAUUCACAAGGCCGAGGAGCGAUUACUGGACGUUUUUGAUGAGGCUCGCAUUGAGGCAAUUCAAAUCGCAAUCAUUCUGUCAUCCUACUAUAUCUACCAUAGUCGGCCGAAUCGCAGCCUCGCCCUGAACGGCAGUGCACAAAAAUUAGCUUUCAGUAUGGGCCUACACAAGGAAUCGAGCUGGAAAAUGCAUGAUCCUGUCAUCAGAGAAGUUUGGCGCCGGUUGUGCUGGGCGCUCUACACGGCAGAAGUCUUUGGUGCUAUGAGCUUUGGAACCCCGUGCAACAUCUAUGACGGCGAUUGGAACGUCUCAUUCCCUGGUAACAUCGACGAUACCUCCGUAACUUGCCCGGGCUUUGAUUCUAUCGAAACGUAUGAUGGGCAGUCUUUCGGACCCGUAACAAUAGCAUCAUAUCAGAGGUACAAAUUUCGCCUUUAUCGUAUUGCCUCCGCCAUUACUCGGAAUAUCUACCUACGAAGUGGAGCAACACUCUCUGAAGUGGUGGAUGAGAUCAAAGCGAUCAAUCACCGCCUGCUGCAGUGGGAGAAAUGCGUUCCCCGAGAACUACGAUUGAAGUAUUUGAAAUUCGACAGUGAUGAGAAUACUGUUCAACAGACCGCCAGAAUUUUCCAGCUUCAAGCACUUGCACUCCAGCUCUCGUAUGACAACAUCCAAUUGGUGCUUCACCGUCCGUUGCUCACAGUCGACCGGGUGCCGCGCUGGCCUUCAGAUGGAACACAAGGGAAUUCUGACGGUGACCAAGGCGUGGCUGUUACUUCGGCCCAGGUUUUGGACCUUAUAAUCAAAACCAGCAAAUACCAUUGCUGGGUGUCUUCAAUGAGCACUUCGAAGAUCGGAGAGUACUCGGAAAUUCUCAGGGCUCUGCAAAACACCCACGGAGCGGCUUAUGCCGGCAUCCAGUCGUUCACGGCCGGCGUGGUACUCGGCAUCUUUGCACUGUCGGACCCACUCUCCGAUCAGGCUCAUCAAGCUAAACGCGCUGUGAGCAGAAUCAUCAAGCUUCCCCGAUUGCAUCGAUUUAGGACUGCGGUAUCCGAUCAAUGCGGGGCAAUCUUGGAGGAACUCGUUCGGCUGGUACUCGCCGAAGAGUUGAAAGCCUUACUAAAUGAAGCCGAGCCUUCCAGGGAAGGCAAUGCAUCAAGCAGGCUCCCAGAAGACUCCGCGGGUGCUACUGGCGAUGCCCCCUCCCUGCUUGACGGAAAUGAUGUGACAAUGCAACCUCCGGACCUCUCUGAUGGGGGCGUAGUGGAUGUGUUUGAGCUGUUUUCCCAUGAAACCCUCGAGCUGCCUCGGGACAUUGCUUCUGGAAACUUCAGUGAUGCUUUGAUGUCAUUGCAAGAUGUGUUUCGAGAUGGGCGGAACAACCUCAAUAACGGGCCUCGACAACAGGACUCCGGCAGAUCUUCGUCUAUGACGGGAACAUCUCUCCAAGCACAAGGACCACUGGCUCCAGGGCCAACACAGAGCAACAGGCUCACUGACAUGUUUGAUGGCACCAGCCAAGCCUGGAUCUGGGACGAACUGCUAUGGCUACCAGAUGGUAGCUAA